ACAUUUGUUUGGCAGUUGGAUGCCUAUAGGAUUUUUCUAGUGCCAGCUUAGGGCCGAAGAAUCGCUUGCGUAGAUGGAUGUAGUAUAAGAUAAGUCGUACCAAAAGCCUUCGGUUGACCAAAAACCUUAAAAAUAUUGAUAACAAUAAAACAAGCAAAAUAUCGAAAAGAUAAUAAUAUCGAUAAUGAAAAUAUCGAUAUUUCGAAAUUGCAUUGUUAUCGUAGUUAACAUUAAAUGGUGAUUGUUUGUUUACUAUCUAAAAGUGACUGCUGUCAGUCCUAAAGAGUAGCUAUCGUCUGAUUUUUUUUAAUGAAAUCAUAGGGACUAAUGUUGCUUUUUUAUGUGACAGUGCUAUAAAAAAUUUGAAUAUGUUACCCAGUGUCGGUGUUUUUGGCACUGGUAAAAUAAUUCGUGUUCUAGUGCCAUGUUUACGAUCUCGGGGAUUUAAAGUUGAAGCUAUUUGGGGAAGAAGCAAGGAAACAGCUGAAAAAAUUGCUAAAGAAUUAGAAAUACCCUUCUUUACUGAUAAAGUUGAUGAGGUUUUACUAAGAAAAGGUGUAGAUCUAGUUUGUAUAAUUUGCCCUCCACAUCUUCAUUCUCAAAUUACUGUCAAAGCUCUUGGCAUUGGAAAACAUGUUUUAUGUGAUCGUCCGGCCGGAUUAUGCCAAACUGAAGUACUGAAAAUGGUCCAUGCUGCCCAGUAUUAUCCUUCUUUAAUAUCCGUUUUAUUCCACAGCUUGCGCUUUUUACCCGCAUUUGCACAGAUGAGAAAAGCUGUUAAGGAAGGAUAUAUUGGUGAUCUGACUAUUUGUGAUGUGCAAGUUCAGUGUGGUAGUUUAUUACAUGAUCAUUAUGAUUGGUCUUGUGAUGCACUAAUGGGUGGUGGAUUGCUUACUAAUGUAGGAAGUCAUAUCAUUGAUAUAAUUGCCUAUACAACAGGUCAGCGUGCCAAAAGAGUUCAUGGGAUGGUCAAAACGUUCACUAAAACUUGUCAUUUUGAGGGCAUUAGGCAAAUAACCAGCGAUGACUUCUGUGCAUUUCAAAUGGAACUAGAAGGAGGAGGUUGUGCUACUGUUACACUGAAUGAGCAUUUGCCAGGGCAGUUUAGUCAGGAAGUGUUACUUUGUGGAUCUAAUGGCUACGUAGUUGUACGUGGUGGAGAUCUUUAUGGACAAAAGAUAAAUUCCAUUAAGGAAGAAGUCUUAUAUUUGGAUAUUGAGGACCUUAAACAAUCUUCUGCAAUGAGCUUUAACAAUAUAAAUAUGUCUGUACCAGACUCUGCUGAAAAUUUAUUACCAAAACCUUAUAUGAAAGGCUUAGUUAAAAUGGUUGGUGCUCUUAAAGAAGCAUUUGCUUCUCAAGAUGAUCUGCAGAGCUGGGUGAAAGAGCCUGUUGCAAUAGCUGCAUCAUUUGAAGAUGGACAGUACAUUCAGGCUGUGAUAGAUUCAAUUCGUUUAUCUUCGAAACAGAGGGAAUGGGUGAAAGUAGAACUUAUGUCAGAAGACCCAGAAACCCAGCAACCAUUGUUAUCAUCAUUACCUUAAAGUCUGGGAUUUUAACUACUGAAUGUAUUUGUAGGGAAGAUUUCUGUAUUGGUACUUUCUCCAGAAUAAUUCACAAGUUUUGUUGAUUUCUGGACAGUGGCCACAAGAAACUAAAAACGCAUUACAAAAGGGGACCAACUUAAAGGGUAUAACUCAGCAAACCCCAGGCAAAUAUCGAAAUCACUUAAUAAAAGAAAAUUGAUAACUUAAAAUAUGAUGGUCGGUUGUAAUUAGCAUGAGCAGGUACCAAUACGGAAAUUUUCUCUACUUGUGAUUAUUGCAUUUGUACUUAAUAUGCAUUUAACUUUGUUUUUGCAUUUACACUAAUGUGAUGCCAUCUUAUAUGGAUUGAUGGUUGUGAAAUUGUAUUUUAUUUACUGACAUUAUUGGUCACUGCAUUUUUUUUUUUUUACAUUGUACAUAAACAUUUUAUUGUGAUAAACA